AUGACUUCUCCCAAGAUGACAAGGCUUCCCAUCAUUCCGCUGGCAGAGGGAUCCGUUCUCCUGCCAGGCCUCACUCUCCGCAUUCCGCUUCAGGGUCGUGGCGAUAUCGCCGCCAUUCUCGCAAAUAUAUACAGCAAAGCUGCCACUCCGACUCCAGAUCAUACACAUAUCACUGUUGGAUGCCUUCCCGUCAACUCUCCUUAUCUCAGCUCUGAUGGUCAGAAACUCCUUGACGAUGGCAAGGACUCGAAUAGACGCCCCAUUGCCGGCAUCAACCCUGCCCAUGCUACUCGGGAUCAGUUGUUCUCCGUGGGCACCCUUGCAAAGGUAUCGGGUGUACAAGGAAAGAGAAGAGGCGAACUGGCUCUUGUAGUUGAGGGUGUGAGCCGCUUCCAGCUCAACUCUUUCGUCAAGGAUCAACCCUACUUCGAAGCCGAAGUCACUAUCCAUACCGAUGAACAUGUCGACGAAUCAGACAAAGAGAUUCAGGCUCUCUUCGCCGAACUCAAGCAGCUCUCCCGCGAACUACUCGCCCUGAUCAGACUCUCUUCUCUGCUACCACGUGCUCCACCUACUACGCUAUCGCCACUCCUCGCUCGCCGCCUUGAACUAUUCAUCGUUAGAAAAGACCUACAAGAAGCUGGUGUUCUAGCCGACUUCAUGACAAACAUCAUAGAAUGUUCUCAGGAGGACAAGCUGCGCAUCAUUUCCGCCCUGCCACUCAAGCUUCGCCUCGAGCGUGCUGUCGACCUGCUACAACGUAAUGUCUCGAGUAUUCAGGGCAAUAACCGUAUCAUGUCUAUCAAGUCUGCCGAUCCAGACGCUGAUGGUGAUUCUGAUCCAGCUGCGCGUAUGCGUCGACAGCAAUUGCUAAAGAGAUUUGGAGGCGGCAUGGCUGGCAGCCGUCCCGGCUCGCCAAUGGGUCUCGGCAAACCUGAUGACGAAGAAGAGCCCAAUGAAAUCGAUGAGCUGAAGAAGCGUAUCGACGAGGCCAAGCUGUCCCCCGAGGCCGCCAAAGUCGCCGAGCGAGAGCUGAAGAGACUCUCAAAGAUGAAUCCUGCGCAAGCCGACUAUCAGGUUUGCAGAACUUACCUAGAGAAUCUUGCUGAGAUUCCUUGGACCAAGUUCACGGAGGACAAGCUUGACCCUGCAACUCUGUCGCGGGCACGCAAGCAAUUAGACGACGAUCACUAUGGCCUCGACAAGAUCAAGAAGAGAUUGCUCGAAUACUUGGCUGUACUUAAGCUCAAGCAACAGGUUAACGCCAACCUCCAAUCUCAGAUCGACAAGAUUACUGAGGAGGCCAAUGCUUCCGGCAAGUCUGAAAAUGCUGAGGGAUCUGACAAGAAGCCCGAACAGACCCCUGAAGAGAUCAAGAUCUUGAGCAAGAAGCGUAUGGUCGACAAAUCACCUAUUUUGCUUCUCGUAGGGCCACCGGGUGUUGGAAAGACCAGUCUGGCUAAGUCAGUUGCCACUGCACUGGGACGAAAGUUCCACAGAAUUUCUCUUGGUGGCGUACGAGACGAAGCCGAAAUUCGUGGACAUCGUCGAACAUACGUUGCAGCAAUGCCUGGCUUGAUCGUCAGCGGCCUUAAGAAGGUCGGCGUCUCGAAUCCUGUGUUCUUGUUGGAUGAAAUCGACAAGAUUGGCACAUCCAGCCACCACGGUGACCCUUCAGCGGCCAUGCUUGAAGUUCUGGACCCCGAGCAGAACAACACAUUCACUGACCACUAUGUCAACAUUCCUAUCGACCUUAGCAAGGUCUUGUUCAUCGCCACAGCUAAUUCACUCGACACUAUUCCAGCACCUUUGCUAGACAGAAUGGAAACCAUUCAACUACCUGGUUACACGACUGUCGAGAAGCGACACAUUGCCAAUCGUCAUCUGAUACCGAAGCAGAUCACCACCAACGGCCUUGAUUAUGAUCAGGUUACCAUCGCUGAAGACGUCCUUGACAAGAUCAUCACUUCUUACACUCGGGAAGCUGGCGUGCGUAACCUUGAGCGUGAGAUCGGCUCAGUCUGUCGCAGCAAGGCUGUAGCGUACGCCGAAGCCUCUGAUGCAAGCUCUACUUCCUCGUACAGUCCAACGGUACGAAUGGAGGAUCUGGAGGAUAUUCUCGGUAUCGAACGUUUCGAAGAAGAGAUCGCUGCUACCACAUCACGUCCAGGUGUUGUGACUGGCCUUGUGGCAUACAGCUCAGGCAGUCAGGGCAGUAUCUUGUUUAUCGAGGUGGCUGACAUGCCUGGCUCUGGACGUGUGCAACUUACUGGCAAGCUCGGUGAUGUGCUCAAGGAAUCUGUCGAGGUUGCUCUGACAUGGGUUAAAGCUCAUGCUUUUGAACUCGCCUUGACACAUGACCCUACAGAGGACAUUAUGAAGAAUCGCAGUAUUCAUGUACACUGUCCAAGUGGUGCUAUUCCCAAGGAUGGACCUUCUGCAGGCUUGGCGCAUACAAUUGCGCUGGUUAGCUUGUUCAGUGGUAAGCCUGUUCCACCCACUGUCGCCAUGACUGGUGAAUUCAGUCUCCGCGGCAAGGUACUUCCUGUGGGUGGUAUCAAAGAGAAGUUGAUUGGUGCCCUCCGCGCUGGCGUCAAGAAGGUGCUCUUGCCAAACGCCAACAAGAAAGACGUCAAAGAUCUGCCCGAAGAAGUCCUCUCCGGCCUUGAAAUUUGCCAUGUUGGUCACAUCUGGGAAGCGAUGCGUCAAGUCUGGCCUGAUGACCACUGGCCUGGCGAGAGACAAUGGGAUGGCCUUGAAAGCCGCUUGUAG